AAAACAACAGUCUGUAGAACAAUGAACAAGUUGAGAAUAAUUAACCAGGCAAGGUUGUUUGUAUCGACAGGUCCUGCCUUGCGAAGACUACCAGCUCUUGACGAAAGCAAUCCGUUGACAGCAGUUGGGCGAUUUAUAUAUCCAAUUCCCAAACCUACUAAAGAAAUACCAGAUGUGAAAACUUUUUUGGAAAAGAUUGGUAGAAAUACUGUUGAAAACGAAGAGGCGUUUGAAUCGUGGAACGAGUUUUUUAGAAUGUCUGCAGAAGAAAUGAAAGAAAAAGGUGUUGAGACCGAUAUUAGAAGAUACAUUAUAAACUGGAGAUAUAAAUUCAUUUCUUCAAAGGGAAAGGUUAAAUUGGCGAAUUUGAAAUUAGGCAAAAAGAAGAAUGGUGGCGAGAGAAACAGAAGAGAGCAUGAAGGUAGAUUGAAGAAUCAAAAGAGAGCUGAAUUGAGAAAAAAAUACGAAGAAAGCAUGAAUACGUCAGCUUAAAAUUGUAAAGUUUUAAAAGUUUGUUUUUUAAAUUGAAUAAAACUUGUAAAUAAAAAAUAAAAAUAAAAAUAAAAAUAGAAAAA